AUGGAACAAAAACAGUUGGAUAAUAUACUGGAAAUAACAGGAAUUCCCGAAGAUAAGGACGAGAACUUGGAAAAACUUUCAAGUAAACUAGCCUCAAAGCUAAACAUAGAAAAACGUCAAGUGUCAAUGGUGAAGAAAAUGAAAGGCAGGGACGUUAAAGAAGGUGUGAUCCAGGUAGUAUUGCAACAAGAGGAGCAGGUCGACCAGUGGAUCCGCGCUGCACGAACGGAAACAAUUGCUAUGGAAGAUAUAACUCGGCGUGCACUAAUCAAAGCAAAUAAAACACUUCUGUGGCAAGCUAAACAAACCUUGAAGGAAACUUACAAAUAUAUAUGGUUCCAGGAUGGUAAAGUCUUGGCUCGCAAAUUUGAUAAUGAUAAGCCAGUUAUCAUAAGAAGCUCAUGUGAUAUUGAUAAGUUGUCUAUUCAAAAAUAUCGAUAG